UGCUCACAUGGCUAUCUGAAUGUGUACCUUGCAAUUGAAGGGUAUUUCUUGAUGUGUCCCAUACACUCGCGGGAGCGAUCAUCAGAGGCUGACCCGUGUCUACCUGUGUAUUUCCCAUUGCUUGUCCUAGGGGAGCAUCUGACCUCCUUGUUGAUUCAGGACCAUUUGCUGGCCCAUGCCUUCUUGUUGAUUUUGUCCUUGUAUCACGCCAAUGUUUUGUUGGUUAUAUUGUUCAUAUUCCCUUGUUGAGGCUAAGCUAUAUUUCCUGAGAACAUAUUCUGUCCUUGACCCAUGUUCCAUUGCCUUCCUUGGGGAAAUUGUUGAUAAGCCAUUAAGCCUGUGCCUGCUUGUCCCCCGAUCUGUCCCAGCUGACCCAUAUUGGCUGGGCUCAUGUGUUCAUUCAUACCACCCUGAUGGAAUUGUUGACCUGGCUGGCCAAUACCUGCCUGGCCUUCCAUCUGACAGAAUUGUUGACCUGGCUGGCCCAUUUUCUGAUUUCCCAGACCUGACU